UUCAAGUCCAAUGGCUAGAUUCCACGAAUAUCAGGUGGUUGGUCGUAAGCUCCCUUCCGCUAAGGAGGUUGCCCCCAAGCUCUUCCGCAUGCGCAUCUUCGCCCCCAACACCGUCGUUGCCAAGUCCCGUUUCUGGUACUUCUUGAAGAAGCUCCGCAAGGUCAAGAAGGCCGCUGGUGAGAUCGUCUCUGUCAACGAGAUCUCCGAGAAGCGCCCCGAGCAGAUCAAGAACUUCGGUAUCUGGCUCCGUUACGACUCUCGCUCCGGCACUCACAACAUGUACAAGGAGUACCGUGAGAUGUCUCGCUGCGAGGCUGUUGAGACUUGCUACCAGGAUAUGGCCGCUCGUCACCGUGCUCGCUUCAGAUCUGUCCAGAUCAUCCGCGUUGCUGAGGUUAAGAACGCCGAUGUCCGUCGCCAGUACAUCAAGCAGCUUUUGACCCCCAAGCUUGCUUUCCCCCUUCCCCACCGCGUCCAGCGUGCCGAGAAGGGCAACCGUUCGCUUUACUUGGCCAAGCGUCCCUCCACUUUCUACUAAAGCAUAUUUUUGAUUUUGCACCUUGUGUAUUUGCUUUAUGCACUUGAAGCGAACUCCUUAAGCGCAUUUCCAUUAAACCAAUUUACAAUAAAAGUAGUUUAAAAGUAUUAAGCGCUCUUCC